UUUUUAUACAAGAAAAGAUGAAAUCAUCAAGCUUAUAUGUGUGGAAUUAAAAUUAUUGUGCUUCUAUUAUCCUCAUUUCCAUAAGGUAGAUGCUUUUUAAAUUCCAGACAUGAGGAUUAAAAAGGAAUAUCUAGCUCUUCUUGUUGUUUUUGGUACUGUGUUUAUUAUUAGAUUGUUCUUUACCCAACAAGGCAUUUCCCAAGUUGCAGGACAGAAGACAACUCAGCUACAAAAACUAAGAAAGGAUUAUAUAAGACGGAUGUGUGAUAUUGAAAAAAAGGCCCUUUCUGCACAGAAACCCAGGAUAAAAAACAUCUAUGAUCACUUCAUUGUUGAAGAAAGGCAAAAAAUCAUCUACUGUUUUAUUCCAAAGGUAGCAUGCUCGAACUGGAAAAGAGUUAUGUUUGUAUUGAAAAAAGGCAAGCCUUAUGAUGACCCUGCAUCCAUUGAUCCCAUCAAUGUCCAUCGCAUCAGCAAACUUCAAUACCUGACACAGUUUAAUUCAACUGAGAGGAAGAAUAGGCUGAUGAACUACACCAAGUUUAUGUUUGUCCGCGACCCGUUUGUUCGUCUCAUCUCUGCUUACCGUUCCAAAUUUCUGUACAAUCAGAAAAAUGAGUACUUCUAUAGGAAAUAUGGGAGAAUUAUGAUGAAACUAUAUGGCAACCAGCAAAAUCCACCACAAACGAUGAAAGAGGCAGAGGCAUUGGGACUGCUACCCACUUUUAAAAACUUCGUUCAGUAUCUGGUGGACCCACAAACAGAGAAAAAGGAGCCCUUUGAACCUCACUGGAGACAAAUGCAUCGCCUGUGUCACCCCUGCCUUAUAGAGUAUGACUUCAUUGGCCAUCAGGAAACUCUUAAGGAAGACGCUGAAGAGCUUUUAAAACAUUUUAAACUGGAAAACGAUAUUAAGUUCCCUUCACCUUUUAAAAAUAUGACCACCUCAAACUUAGCCAUGGACUGGUUUAAAGCAGUGCCUCUGGAGGACAGGAGGAAGCUGUACAACAUCUUUGAAUUAGAUUUUAAGCUUUUUGGCUACAAAAGACCAGCUAAAUUGCUGGAUGGGUAAAAUAAGGAAUGUUUUUGUUUUUUGUUUUUUUUGUGUGGUUCCACAAAAGCUUGGAAAAAGUAGUUUGUUUGACCUGACCUUGAAACAACUGCCAAUAUAAAAGUAGACAUCCAAAUACCCGAAGGGUAGUUCAAGAAAGAUUUAUUAAUCUAAAUUAACUGAGACAUGAAUACAUUUGACGCAAUACGCAAAUGCCAUUCCAGGGUGUGUCUCUGUUUUUAAAAGUGUCUGUACACCUUUCUCAGUUCAAGGAAAUUACUAAUUGUAGUUUCACCUUACAGGAUUAUAAUAACAUCUUCUGUAACUGCAUAUCAUGGAGGAGAGACACAGAAAGUUAACAAUGUCUAUCAUUUAUUUCCCUUAAUGAUCAAACUGUUGUCAACACCCUAAAGAAAUAUAUUAGUUUUAGUCUGCUUUUAUAUAAGAUAUCUCAGCUAUAGCAUAACUUAAUAUUUGCCUCUUUCCAUCCACUCAUCAGUUAGGCUACCUGUACAGAGAUCUUAAGGUUUUCCUCUCUCCAGCACCUUUAAACAGUACAUUAUUGCAACAUUCCCAAGACAGCACAGUCCAUUCACUAAGACCUAAGACCUUGGUGGAAAGACAAUUGGC